AUGGCGCAACCAUCUCCGCGUAAAUUUGUACCGCUAGCGCCAGGCCAUGAUCCCGCAAGCACGUCUACAAAGUCGAAUACACCCAGCGCAGACAUUAUCGUCACCAGACGCGCCUUCUUCGCGGCCGUGGUCGUUGAAGAAGACGCGCACGGGAUCUCUCCUGAUGCACAGGAGCUCAUUGCCGCGCUUGGGACGCGCAUCACAGAGCAAACACCGCAAGGGAUCGAUAGAUCCAACAGUGAGCCGUCGAUGGUGGCGACCAACAGCGUUGAUCUACACCGAACAGCGACAACACGGAGACGUGCCAUGACCGAAGGCACCGUACAGGCCUCUGGCUUGGGCCACAAGCGUACAUUAACCCAAACAGAGAGCGACACUCUGCAGGACAUGAUUAGAGAAAUGGUCACUACAGAGCGCACAUAUGUCAAGCGGUUACGAAUCCUAAAAGAGGAUUAUGCAGACCCUCUCAGAAACUUUUCAAAGAAAAAGGAGGAGGCUCUUCUCGACAAGUACAAGGCAAAGACGCUCUUCGGCAACAUUGACCAGCUCCUUCCCGUCAACGAGGCGUUUCUCAACGAUCUCGAGAAGAUGAUAGGGCCAAAUGGACAAAAACUCGUGGGUGGUUUGGGCGAUGUCUGCCUUAAGCAUUUUCGCGACAAGAAAGCCUUUGAAUGCUACAAGUUGUACUAUGCCAAGAGAGAAGAGGCUCAAGCCAUCUUCGAAGACGAAAUGGCCAAAGGCAGCAAGUCUGGCUUCCCCGCCUACAUCGAUCGCGUAAAAUAUUCCUCGGCCGAUGUUAGGAAUCGUAUUGGUCUUCGUGAGCUCCUCGCGGAGCCUAUUCAGCGGAUUCCGCGAUAUACCAUGAUGUGGCAGAAUAUGAUCAAGGAAAUGGACGACUCGCAUCCACAGAAAGCAAAGCUCAUCGAGGCGGAGAAGAUUGCAAGCAAGAUUGCACUCUGUGAAUCCGACGACCAAACCAAGCGGGCAACUACAAUGUACUGCCUAGAGCGCACAAUUGAAGGGUUUCCGCCGGGACUCAUUUCCAACGGACGAAAGUUUGUCGACUGCAUCGACGUGGAGGACAUUCCUGCCGAAUCAGCCCCAACAAGCAGCGCGGCGAGUACAGCGUCUGGUGGGCUAGGCGUGCUCCAUUGCACACUAUUUCUCUUUGACGACAGGCUUAUUAUUGUCAAACGGCCGAACGGAGCGGCUUCAGGUCGUGCUCUAGCGCGACUUGACGACAUUGAGAAGCUCUUACGAACCAACAGUCUUGGGACUCUCAAGAAGAGUGGCAUGUCAUGCAAAGGCGUCGUGGAUGUGCUCGACGUGACGGCUACCGACGCAAGUGGAGCUGAAAUGAACGUCUAUUUGGAGAAUCCUCCACAGGAUCAGAGUGACCGGUGGAAUGGCAGGCCAUUCCGUUCUUAUGCCGUCGCAUUACCUCCAGCACCUGUCAAUUUGGACCCGACUACGACACAGGCGGCAAAGAAGCGCUUCUUGGAGAACCUGUGGACAGUACAGGCCCUUUAUCGAGUGAAGAAUGGCCGGUGCCUUGCGAUGAAGUCGGAAAACAAGGAGCUGGAAUGCCGAGGCGGUCGUGCGACUCAUGCAACUACUUAUUACAAUCUUUAUCAACGGACCCCAUACCUAGGGGAGCCGAAAAAACACAAAGUGGUAGUUCACGUCGACUCGUCUAACGAGGCAGACAGAAUUCCGUUCGGUAUCGUCGGCGGACCCUUUGUCGUCAUCCGACUACAGCCUAUGCCGGGAGGGUUGUGUCGGUAUAAUAUCACCUGCAAUAGCCCCGACGAGGAAGAGGAAGAGCAUAUUCUGCAUACUGAAGUAGUUCCCAUUCGCAUAUUACAAACAAUUCACCAGUUUGGUCUCUUCUCGUUUAAAACAAGUGUUGCUUCUCGACCGACCACACCUACCGCGUCCUCGAAAUCUAGAGCUGCUGUGUUCGGUCUGGACGCCAUCUCGCGGACAUUCAUAGGAUCCCGGUCCGGUGACGCGUUUAGCUUUGGUGCCAGCAUGUCUGGCACCAUCUCUGGCACAAGGAGAUCCAAAGGCGUGAUGAGUCGCAGCUCGACUCAGACCAUGAGUACUGCCCUCACAGAGAGUACCAAUCGGUUCUCAUAUCGGUCUAAUUCAACAGUCGCAACCUCGCUUGCGGACGAGGAUUCAGUUUCUCUCAAGUCACCUGUCAGGUUGCUGCGUCAAGGCAAAUCACCUGGAAGUGUCCAUGAAGGAGAGCGCCUACCAAGUACCCCGGAGCCAAUUGCUCGCUCCAGCUUGGACCAGGUGUUCACUGCUGAAGAUCUUGCCGCAUCAUCUGAUGUAGUGACAAAUGGCGCCCCGUAUCAGCCCUUGGAUUCGUUUUCUUUUACAACUAGGGAGCCUCCGUUCGCGGAUACCAUCUAUGAAGAGGAUCCACCACUAUCGAGAGCUGGGUUCCUCAAGCCUCCCGACGAAGAGGAGGAAUAUAACCCUUUCCAAACCGACUCCACUACUCCAACCAAAGGGGCAUCUUCGAAGCCACUACCUCGCAAGCCGGGGGGCCCACGUCCUUCAAGCCCACGUCCUUCGAUACUGUCGGACAUAAGCUUUAUACCAGCAAAGGACCUCGAUGCGGCGUUGGAAGAAACCAUUGCCGCCUUUAGUCCCCCUCAUUUCCCGUCCAACAUGUCUGAUGAAGACACACCGACGAAACGCAUAAUUAUGCCCUCUGGAUCAGAAGGCGUCACAAGAACACCAACCACGUCGUCCUCAUCUUCUGUCGAGCCACUCUCCAUCAAGAAGAAAUCGUCGAUCAAGCCACGAAAGUCGCCUGGCUCGUUUAGGCGAAUACCUGUUCACGAACCCAUUUCGCCGACCCCAGCUGUAAAAGGCGUUCGAUCUGCCUCUGGUACCAUCAGAUCACCUCCACGACGAAGCUCUAGAAUAAGCUCGCGUAAAGGAAAGGACGUUGACCGCAUGGUUAUCGUCGCGAAAACUACCAAGGAGGAUCUAUCAUCUGCUAGGAGAGCAGUCAAACGUAUCAAGCAGGAGGUUGAAGGUCUUCAAAUCGAUGUCGUUCAAGACAGCCCAGGCAGCCGGUACGAUAGAUCAGGCGCUAUUAGUCCUGUCGGCGGACCAAGGGGUAUUGUUCGCUCACCACCAACGAGACAAAUAAACCGCGCGGCAGAGGCGAGGAUGGAGGAGAUGCAACAGAUGAUUGAACGAAGAGCAAAGAAUCUAUCUGAUGGCUCUCUUCGACGAGGUCCUAGUAUCGCCAUGCCUGCUUCGGCCAUGGAUCCAGCCCGGUUGCAACAGUGGGCAAAGACUAUAGAGACUCUGAUAGAGGAUGCGGACAAGCAGAUCGCCCAAGCGAUUGACCAGAGUGACGCUCUGGUCAAAGAUAUGGCGCUGCUAACUGUCGAGGACGAUGACUCCAACGACGAAGUCGAGCAUCUGCGUGCAGAGUUACAAGGCAGCAAGCGGCAGACCGAUGUCCUCAAGCAACUUUUGCAAGAUGCCACUGCGGAGAACGAGGUGCUAUACUCGGCUUUCAACCAGGAGUUGGACUCCAUGUAUCAGGACAUGCAACUCCCGGAAGAUCAGGCAUGGGCAGCGAUGAUCAACGACCUCAAGUCGGCAAAGCAAACACGUAACAAGUUAUCAAAGGAAAACUUCCACCUCAAACAGAGACUGGAGAUUGCUGAACAACGAAACGAAGAGCUUCUCGCACUCCUCAAAGCUCAUGGACUUGAACCUGGACACUGA